UUGAAUUAGCAGGCAAAAGAAUAAUAUAUCUGUAGUGCUGUUCGUGGAGUCUUUUGGUCGAAAAUACCUCACGUCUAUUUAAGUUAAUAUGAAUGUUAUCAUAUCUUUCUGGUAUUUUUAAGAUUUUAGACUGCUGUUAAAAUGAAUCCUCAACAAAAUUCAAAUUUGGAGCAGUCAUUGGUAACGGAAGCGGGUCAUAUACAGGCCCAAUAUUCUGCUUUUCAAAACUUUGAGCAAUACACCGCUGCCGGAUAUACAAAUGCACCAUUAUAUAUUUCAAAGCCAACUGGUAUUGGAGCUAUCACGCGUAUAGCUCCUCAUUGCUCUGCAAUUGGAUCUCAAAGUAAAAUAGAAACAGCUCCACAAGAAGUGGCUAUGCCCGGUAUGGAAGGCCAUACAUUAGUUCCAACCGUAAGAUACAUACAAACACCACAGUUUGAUGAAGCAGGUGAUUUUGGUAUACCUGUCUUACCACCGUGUGGGCUAGAACCUCAUUAUACAGACGAACCAUCUAUGCCAUAUGGUUAUACUUCAGAUGCCAAUUAUGGAUUGCCCGGUGUAAGUGCAAAUAUCAAGCAAUUUGCUUCGAGACCAUUCGACAAUAACCUUAAUGGAUCUGAAUCAGCUAUAGAUUCUCAAUGUAGAUCUUUUGAGAGUCAAGGCGAUUUCAAAUUAGUACCAUUUGCCACAAAUUCACUUAACACUGUUCCACCCAGAGUCGCAGAGAAAGAGGAUUUCAUUGGUGGAUCGGACAGUGAUCUUUGUUCAACAAUGAGAUGGCGUGACCCAAACCUUUCAGAAGUAAUAAGCUUUCUAAGUAAUCCUAAUAAUGCUAUAAAAGCGAAUGCUGCUGCAUACCUUCAACAUUUAUGUUAUAUGGAUGAUCCAAAUAAGCAGCGUACAAGAACUCUGGGAGGAAUACCACCAUUAAUUCGAUUAUUAUCAUAUGAUGCGCCAGAUAUUCAUAAAAAUGCUUGUGGGGCAUUACGUAAUUUAUCAUAUGGUAGACAGAAUGAUGAAAAUAAACGAGCAAUAAAAAAUGCCGGAGGAAUAGAAGCUUUGGUACACCUUCUUUGCCGGUCUCAAGAAACUGAGGUAAAAGAGUUGGUAACUGGAGUUUUAUGGAAUAUGUCUUCCUGUGAAGACAUUAAACGGUCAAUUAUUGAUGAGGCGCUGGCUGCUAUAGUAUGUAACGUUAUUAAACCCCACUCGGGCUGGGAUCCUAUCUGUUGCGGGGAAACAUGCUUUUCGACAGUAUUUCGAAAUGCGUCUGGUGUUUUGCGAAAUGUCAGUUCUGCUGGAGAGCACGCACGAGAAUGCCUUCGUAAUUGUGAGCACUUGGUUGAAUCUCUUCUCUACGUUGUUCGAUCUUCCAUUGAAAAAAACAACAUAGGAAAUAAAACAGUAGAAAACUGUGUCUGCAUUCUUCGCAAUCUCUCGUAUAGAUGCCAAGAAGUCGAAGAUCCAAAUUAUGAUAAGCAUCCUUUUAUUAUUCAAGAAAGGGCUGUUCCGUCAUCUUCAAAAGGUGAAAAUUUGGGAUGCUUUGGGACAAGUAAAAAAAAGAAGGAUUUGGCAUUAAAUGAGUCGCAACAGGACUACAUAUUUUCCACGGAAUAUUCAAAGAAUUCAGGAACAACGAAUAAAACAAACAAAGGAUAUGAGCAGUUGUGGCAACCUGAAGUGGUGCAAUUUUAUCUUUCCUUACUGCAAAGUUGUUCAAACCCAGAAACUCUUGAGGCCGCUGCUGGAGCAAUUCAAAAUUUGUCAGCUUGUUACUGGCAACCAAGCAUUGAUAUUCGAGCUACUGUGCGCAAAGAAAAAGGGCUUCCGAUACUUGUAGAACUUUUACGAAUGGAAGUUGAUCGUGUCGUUUGCGCUGUUGCCACAGCACUGCGCAACCUUGCUAUUGACCAACGAAAUAAAGAAUUGAUCGGCAAGUAUGCUAUGCGCGAUUUGGUUCAAAAACUUCCGUCUGGGAAUGCUCAACACGACCAAAAUACAUCAGAUGAUACCAUCACAGCAGUAUUGGCAACCAUUAAUGAAGUCAUUAAAAAAAAUCCAGAGUUCGCGCGUUCUCUUUUAGAUGCAGGUGGUGUAGAUAGACUAAUGAAUAUAACAAGACGUAAAGAACAAUAUACUACGUGUGUUAUAAAGUUUGCUAGUCAAGUUUUGUACACAAUGUGGCAGCACCACGAACUGCGUGAAGUAUAUAAGAAAAAUGGAUGGAAGGAGCAGGAUUUUGUCAAUAAACACUUUGCAGCUCACAGCACCCCACCAAGCUCACCAAAUAAUGCAAACAAUACGCUAAACAGACCAAUGGCAUCUCAGGGAAGAACGCGUUACGAGGAUAGAACAAUUCAACGUGCCCAGAAUUCAUCAUAUAGAAAUAAAGAUGGAACUGGAGCUGUCAUGUCCAGCAACGAUUCAGCAUUGUUGUCAGAAAUGGUUCGAAAACAAUUAUAAAGUGUAUAUUUGUUUUUUAUUUUACUAGUUAUAUAUGCUCACUAUAUAACUCUUAAAAUAACUAAGAGGUGAAAAAAUAAUUGUUUUACUGGGGCUUUUUAGUGUUUCUAUGGUGGUGGAGUGUAUGAAAGUAAGAUUUGGUUGUUACAUUUUUUCUGUCAGUAGACAUUUAUUACAUAUCAAUGCAAAGUAAAAGUUUUAAGUAUGUGCGAAAAAGAUAUUUUUAAACAUUUUAGAGCUGGGAAUCCGAGUAUUUUCUCAGUUUAUUUAGAAUACGUUAACACCAUUAAGCUUACUUGCUAUUCUCUGUAGGAACAUCAUAAUGAAAAGAAUUAUUGAUUAGCAUGUAAAAGUAAAGUUCUGUCUGCUAAAAAUAUUUUUGUUGGACUCGACGAGCGCAAAAAUCAAAUGCCACCAUACUUUUCUAAUGUAGUUUAACGACGGGUAAGUUUUUCUUAUACUUAGUGCAAUUGUGCAAAUGAUUGUAACAGGAGUAUAUAUAUGACGAAUAGUCGGAUCAAUCUGGCCGUGUCCGUUGGUCUGUGCGCAGUUCCAUUUGUAUAAACGCGCCAAUUUUAAAGACUAUAUGAGUGGGGCAUAUGAAAUCUGGGUUGCAAUUGGUAGUAUAAAGCAUAAAUCAAUAAAUGAUUUCAGCCUUAAAAUUUGCAAAGAAUUAAAAUGCUAAAGACAAAUUUGUUAUGUGGGUACAAAUAUAUCAAAAAUAUGAAUUUUAUGAUGGUGACUCCAAAAUUAAAUGAACCCCAUUUUGUGGGUUUAUCAUGGAAUGUGUGUUCAAGUAUAUCUGGGUAUUUUGGGUGUCCUGUUUCGGCUAUAUCGCAUUAAACUACAUCAGAAAGUUGAUUCACUUAUUAAUUAGUGGCCGUGUAAUUGUAUAUAA